AUGCGAGGCCUCGACGUGGUCAUGCCGUUCAAGCAUGUCGCGCCUCCGUCGCCGCAGCUUGAUGCUAUGAUGGACCCCUCAUCAGCGGCCGAGCUGGCAGGAAAUAACCGAUCUCCACGUCGCUCGUUCCGAGCACGUAUGUCGGAUACCCUGCAUCGUGCUCGCGGCCGCUCCACGAGCCCCGUUCCUACAAGCCCUCACACAUCAGAAUCUCCUAGUCCGACUAAGAGUCUUGGAAAGUUGUUCCGCAAGUCGAUGGACUUUGCUCGCAGUGCCUCGCCUACCCCGACACCUACAUCGCAUCGCAACAGCGAUGUGGUGUACAGUUAUACCGCCCCUGAAUACGAAGUGCCAGAUUUGCCUGACUGGCAGCUGUACGAUGGUACCAGUGUUCCGAUGGAUCUCGUCGGAAUGGGCAAUAGCAAAGAAGUAUACGAGCUCCCUUCUGAAUCCCCUAAACCCCCUUCGCCAAUGCUCCCUAUGCAACCAGAGCAUGUGGCUGCACAUAUGCACUUCCAGCCAGGGCAGGUGGUGCCGACCUCAGUUAUAUCGCCCAUGACAAGUCGGGCUACACCGACGGCGACAGUCCCGGCCCAUGACUUUGGUGCGCCUGGUACGGGCGGCGCCAUCGAGGCGGCGUACACGGAGCAAUACGAAGCACAGUAUGCCAGCAUAGAUGCCGCUCCCUAUGAUGCGCAGUAUGUCACAGAAGAUGUGUCUCAUGGUGCGUUGUACGAUGCGUACGCACAGCCGCCAUCAACCCACUUCAAGGAGCCAGUCGAGGACGAGAUGCCGCCGCCUGUGCCGCCGCAUGAUGUGCACCUUGAGGCUCAUGCCAUGCCAGCACAGGCAGAAAAGCCUUCUUGGGUGCCGCAAGGAGAGGAUGCGCCGCUUUUCGGGCAUACGGCGCCACGCACACGGUCCGGCCGCGUAAGUCUGGGCAUGGCACCAACCUCGAACAUGGCGCCUGUGCCUCCUCCGACACAGCCUGUAGCGCCCGUCUCUGCCUCGACGACGCAGGGCGAUAUCUCUGACUGGCAGGAUGGCCGUGCUGAGGUGGAUAUUGUGAAUGCCUACGCGGAUACGACGGUCGGUGCGACUGAGACAGGAAACAAUACCGUGAUUGAGCAUGACGUGCCGACAGAGCGCACCAACCGGUAUGAGCCUACGGUACCCAACGAUGGCACGGCAUGGCGUACGUACGACACGGAUGCAAGUGAGUAUGAGGACGACGACAACGACGUGGAUGUGUCCGAGCAGGGUCUUGUCGCUCGCAAUGGUGCUACACCCGCCACGACGGCCUCUGAGACGGAGCGUGCUAUGUCGCCUGGCGACAAGCAGCAGCGAAUUCUGGACGCCAUGCAGAAAGCACCCGAAGGUGCGGGUCUGACAGACCUUAUGAACCGUGUCGUCAAGCCCGAGCGCCAGAGCUGGUUGAAAGGCCUCUGGACUCGUCAAGUAUCUGGCGCCUCGCAAGCGCCUUCUUCCCGUUCUGUCUCGCAAUCCCAGGAUGGUGAGGGUGUGAUUUUCCGUGGUGCAGAUGUGAGCCCCUCGAUUUACAGCAACCAAUCCAUGGAGCGCUUCGAUGACCAGGCGUCGCUGGCCGACGAGCCUGUGACAGGGCUCGUUGACUCUGAGGCACGUGAGCUGCCGGAGCAGGGCUUGGUCCGUGGCACGGCAUCGCGGGCGUCUACCCAGCCCAGCGACGAUGAGCGUGAAGCGUUUGAGCGUCGUCGUGCGUCGCACAUGCAAGCGCGCCAGAUCUUGGAGGAGGAGCGCGAGCGUGGCAUGUCGGGCGAUUUCCGUGAGCAGGUGCUGGGCCCCACUACAUCCACAGCUACGCCCAUGCUAAGCGUGGAUCUGCCGCUACCGCCGCUACCCUCUUCGACUGCUCCAUCGUCGCCCAGGGAUGCUGCUACUCCCUCGCCUGUGCCGGCUGCCGCGUCGCCUGCCGUGGCACCGUCGCCUGUACCAGCUGCCGCGUCGCCUGCCGUGGCACCGUCGCCUGUACCAGCUGCCGCAUCGCCUGCCGUGGCACCGUCGCCUGUACCGGCUGCCGCCUCGCCUGCCGUGGCGGCACCUACAGAGCCUCGUGCUCCCACACCCGCUGACUGGGCCGCCCCUAACGCACAGGCUGACUGGGCCGCCGAGCAGCAGCAAAUGACCUACCAAGGCUCGUAUGAGAUGCCCGACGGCCAAGCCUACUACGAUGGCCAACAAGCGUUUUACUACGAAGGCCACGCUGCCUACUAUAAUGACCAGCAUCAGGACGCGUACAAUGCUUACGAAGGCCAGUACAAUGCAUGGCAGGCGCAGUACCAGGAAGCAUGGCCCGCUAUGGAACAGGGCUAUGAAGGCGCUGCAUCCACCAUGCCCUCGGCCGAUUCCACGUCGUGGCAUCCUCAUCAUGUCUAUUUGCAAGCCAACACGGAGCCCAUGCCGGAUAUCAGCUAUCAUGGCAACCACCAAUGGGAGGCACCGAAAGAAGGAUGGCACCAUCCCGAUGGUCCCUGGCAGCGUGAACAGGCGUCGGCUUCAAAUACUUCGCCUGUUCACCAAGUACGCCGCAAAGCCUUGCCAGGCUCGCAACCUGCACCGCCGGCCGUCGCACCGACAAUGUCUGCCUCGGUAUCGACGCCCACGGAGCCUCUUGAGCCUAUCUUGAAGCCGACAACUCCCAGUGUCUCGGCGGCCACAAUGCCGGUCAAGUCCAGCAUUCCCCCGAUCUUACCCCCUGUGGAUGAGUCGGAUAGCUCGAUCAUCAUGGAGGAUGGACGUAAGUACAAGUCGGAUGGCUUUGGUGGCCUAGUGCUUGUGAACGACGAGGCGAGCAACCGCAGUGAGGCGUCUGCUACGCCGGACGUCGAUGAGCGCGCUACAACACCUGUGCCUUCGACCGAGGUUGUCAUGACACCCAAAGCCCCGCAAGUGCAGUCCAUGCGCACGGAUUUCCAUCCGGAGGAUGGUCGUGCGCCUACCGCUCUUUCUGUGCACAUGCCACUUGGCGCGAAUGGCGGCAAGGUGGAAGAAUCUCGGUUGACUCCCUCGCCGCAGCCUGGCUCGCAAGGGAUUGUCCGUGCUGGUACAAUGAUAACACGGCCUACCUCUGGCUUAGCCCGCUCGCCUUCAUUGGCGCGUGCUGCGACGCUCUCACACACGCGCUCCCUGCCAGCCGAUGGCCGCGCAUCGCACUUCCAUAUUGCGCCGGAAGUGUAUACCACGCCGCAAAGCUUGCAGGGCAGUGUAGGCCGCAUGACAUGGACGCCGGAAAUGGCGGAGGCAGCGGCAAAGUAUAUCCAGUCUAUGACAUCGUCAGCUUCUCACAGCAGUAUGCAGCCCUUCUCGGCAGCGCAGGUACCAGCUGUGCCCGUGCCAGGGGCGCCUGAGCCAUUACCGCUGCCCAAAGAUACAGCGCCUACACCGACUGUGCCGCAGCCUGCGGAGCCGCUCAUGCCGACGUCGCGUUCCGUCAUGGCACAGCUCGAGGCAAAGGGUAUGCAUGUGGAUGUUAUGUUGGACGCUGGUGAAGGCGCCGGCGUGGAUGACAACACACCUCUACGUGAAGCGAUCAAGGAGCUCAUGUUGCGCUUCUACUUCUAUGAGCGUCAUUCGAUCCCGAUUUUGCGUGAAUUGGAUCACCGCCUCGUGGCCUUGGAACAUUGGUCCCUUCUUGAUCCGGAUGCGAUGGAUGUACAGCCUGCGUGGAACAAGGAUGCCGUGGCGCGCGUCACGAGCGAAGUUCGUCGGGAAGUACGCUCACUCAUGAUGGGCGCCAAGAUGCUCAACGAGUGUCGCCUGCAUGUACAGAAGAUUGCGACCACUGUACCGGAGGAGGCCAAGCGGAAACGCCCAUCGAGUGUGCGUGGUCCGAACAAGCGCCUCCUUUCCUCAUCGACGCAGGCGUCGUCCAGUCGUGUAUCCUCGGUGAGCAGUGUGCAAAGCACCGGUACAGUGAUCGCCCUGCCCACAUCCGAAGAGCCUGUGGCGCCCAGUACGCCCUCCUCGAUGCAUCGGCGCCGUUUGCCUACGCCACAGGGACCCCCUGCGCUGGCUACGUUGAUGACAUCGUCCUCGCCCAUUGUCCCAGGCUCGCCGAUGAUGCAAGAGGCGCUGGCCUUGGCCCAAGCCUCGUCUUCACCUGGCGCUACGCCGACGCUGCCAUCGACUCCGCGUGCCUUGCCGACGCCCCCUAUGCAGGCCGUGGAGAUGCUCGUCGAGGCACCCGUGGACAUGCCUGUUGACGGGCCGGCUGAGGAGGCGUCUACGGAGACGCCAGCCGAGACGCCCGUCGAGGAGCCCGUCGAGGAACCCGUCGAGGAGCCAGCCAAGAAGCCAACUGAGGAGCCCGUCGACGAGAAUAACUUCCGUGCGCCGACGCCGGUCAAGCCUGUGGUGCGUGCUCGCAGCAGUCUGCUCGCCUCGUUGCAGCGUGCUGAUAUGCGUGCCCGUACACCGCCACCUCCUUCGUCUCAUGGCAACGAAGCAGAGUCAGAGAACAGCGUGCCUACCGGCCAACUGGAGAAGGACCAAGUCCGUGCUUCUACUCCACGCGCGCCUUUCGCCAGUGUCGGUAACACGAUGACGACGACCAACAAGAAUGCAUCUACGGGCCUACGUGCUCGUGCGCAGAAAUACCUGGACAAUGUGGAAAAGGUGUCUGCCUCGCCCUCCAAAGACUCUGUGUCCACCCCUGAGAAUGUGGCCCCGACACGAACCCAUGCGUAUCAACCCUCCGCGCUGAGCGAAUCGCUGCGGCGGCGCAUGGCCCGAUUUGAGGCCGCUCGUUCGUAG